GGUUAUGCUUUCCACGGGGAUCUUCCGAAUGUUGGGUGGGAAUUUCGUGCGAAUGUAGGCUGGUGUGGGCAGAGAAAUCAAAAUUCAAUAAUUUUUCAUCGAUAUUGUGAUAAAGGAACUCGGCUUCUCAGUUAUGGAGACUCCACCAUCCAUCGAGUUGGUAACACAGGCGAUCCAGACGCUGUAUAACGACCCCAACCCAACCAGCAAGGAGCAUGCCUCCAAAUGGCUACAGGAGCUGCAGCAGUCAAUCGUGGCCUGGAAGGUGGCGGACCAGCUGCUGCACGACAAGCGUGACCUGGAAUCGUGCUACUUCGCCGCCCAAACCAUGCGCACCAAGAUCCAGUACUCGUUCCACGAGCUGCCGCCAGAGGCGCACGCGUCGCUCAAGGACUCGCUGCUCGAGCAUAUGGCGUGCAUCACGCAGGCCACCAACCAGAUCAUCGUGACCCAGCUGUGUCUGUCGGUGGCCGACCUGGCGCUGCUGAUGUCGUCGUGGCUGACGCCGGUGGAGGACCUGGUGGCGCGGUUUGGCGAGUCGCACCCGGUGCCGCUGCUGGAGGUGCUGACCGUGCUGCCGGAGGAGGUCAGCUCGCGCCACCUGCGGCUGGGCGCCAACCGGCGCGACCAGGUGGCCGCCUACUGCACGGCCACGUGUCCACUGGUGCUCAACCUGCUGAACGGCUCCGUGGGCACCACGGAGCCGGCCCUGCAGACCAAGCUGCUGCGCUGUCUCUCCUCGUGGUUCACCUUCCCGGCGGACGCGCUGAUCCAGGUGGCCGACUCGGAUCUGCUCAAGUUUACCUUCCAGGUGCUGCACAACCACCGGGCGUCCGACGCGCUGCACGAGGUGGCCACCGACUGUGUGUGCUCAGCGCUCUUCCUGAUCGAGGAGGACCUCAAGUACCACCCGUUGGCCAAAGCGCUCUUCGCCGGCGUCUUCACACUGGCGGACCCCUACCAGAUGGCGGUCGCUGAGGAGCUCGUGGACAAGUGCCGCAACUACAGUCGCGUGUUCACGGAGCUGGGCGAGGCGGUGGUGACCGUGCUGGUCAACAACCCCGGCCAGGGGCUAGGAUCGAUGCAGGUGCUCGACAUGAUCCUCGUCUGCGUCGGCCACCAUGACUACGAGGUGGCUGAGGUGACGUUCCACUUCUGGUACCGUCUCUCCGAGGAGCUGUACCAGAUGAAGAGCAGCAACCACUACAGCCGCUUCAAGCCUUACUUCGAGAUGCUUCUGCUGGCGCUCUGCCGGCACUGUCAGAUGGAGUCUGAUCACGACGGCACGCCCGACGACCAGGACGAGUUCUCAGACUUCCGGUCGCGGGUGACCGACCUGGUGCGCGACUUCGUGUUCGUCUGCGGCUCGCUGGACGUGUUCCACCAGAUGUUCCUGUUCCUUCAGGACCCGGCAGCUACUUGGGAGAGCAGCGAGGCUGCUCUCUUCAUCAUGGCCACCGUCGCUAAGAACAUUCUACCUCGGCAGGACAGCGUGGUGCCGGAGGUGGUGCAGGCGGUGCUGGCUCUGCCGGACAGCGUGCACGUGGCGCUGCGUUUCACCGCCAUCAACCUGCUCAACGGGCUUUCCGAAUGGAUCUUCGAGCAUUCCACUGUGCUAGAGCCGGUGCUGAACUUCCUGCUGGCCGGUCUGCGGGUGGACAAGCUGGCCACGGUCUCGGCGCGCGCCCUGAAGUCCAUCUGCGGCCAGUGCGACCGCCAGAUGACCGGCCAUCUGACCGGUCUCGUACAGAUUGUCCAGUCGCUCGACACGUUCAGCAUCACGGCCGAGGCGGCCGUCGGCAUUCUGGAGGGCACCGCCAAGGUGGUGGCCAACAUGCCAACCGAGGCGAUCCCGGAGAUGUUCGGCAAGAUCUGCCAGUCACAGCUAGUGCCGCUGCGGCAGACCGUCGAUCAGGCGGGGGACGCCCGGCCGGCCAAGGGCAGCCGCGCCGACCCUGUGCUCUGGCUGGACCGGCUGGCCGCCGUCUUCCGGCACACGCACCCCGAGAUCAGCAACGGGCAGGUGCACCCCUGCAAGGUCGUCUUCGAGGAGCAGGUGUGGCCGGUGCUCUCGGGCGUGAUGCGGCGGUACCAGCGCGACGGCCGGGUGAUGGAGCGCUGCUGCCGCUGCCUCCGGUUCGCCGUCCGCUGCGUGGGUAGCCAGUCGGCCGCGCUCCUCCAGCCCAUGACCGCCCAGAUGGUCGAGAUCUACGCCUCCACGCAGCACAGCUGCCUCAUCUACCUGGCUUCGGUGAUCGUGGACGAGUACGCGGCGCAGCCGGCGUGCGUGCCGCCGCUGCUGGCGACGCUGCACGCCCUGCUGCCGGCGGCGCUGCCGCUGCUCUCCGGCACGGAUGGCCUGCGCCAGCACCCGGAGACGGUGGACGACCUGUUCCGACUGUGCACGCGGCUGGUGCAGCGCGUGACGCUGCCGUACCUGCAGCACCCCCACGCGGCCGACGUCACGCGGCUGGCCGUGUCGGCCGUCACGCUCGACCACAGGGACGCCAACGCCUCGGUGACCAAGUACCUGGCGGAGCUGCUGCGCUGCGGCCGCAAACACGACGAGCGCGACGACUUCGAGCAGCGCCGGGAGCUGGUGGCGGCAGCGUUCGUCGAGUUCGGCGCCGCGCUCAUCAGCAACCUGAUCCAGGCUACGCUCUUCUGCGUGGCCAGCUUCAUGAUCCCCGACAUCGGCGAGGUGUUCAUGGAGGCGCUGCUCACCGACCGGCCGGCCGUGUGCCGCCUGCUGGAGCAGACGCUCAAGUCGCUACCCACCGAGAGUGCCGGCGGCAUUGUCACCGCCACACACAAACAGCUGGUCGAGUUCCACAAGUCUGUUACCAGCGCCGAGACGACUCAGGAGGCGGUGCAGGCGCUGCGCGAGUUCUCCCGGCUGUACAGAUGAGGCGCGGCCGUGCCGGGCCGGCGCGUCGCGACCCGGGCCCCGUCCAGCCUGGAGCCGCCGGAGGCUGUCAGACCGCGGCAUUAGCUGCGGCCAGAGGUCGGUCUGGUCAGCCGGGGUCGGACGCCGGGUGGCGCGCGGCAGGCGAGGGUCAGCGCCGGUGACCAGGUCCGAGCGGCCGUGUCCGGGAGGGCUAGCGGCGCCUCCGCCGGCUGUGGCUCAGGCUCGGCGUCCGCGCGCUGCAGUUCUCAGAGACGGAGUCAAAGUCUCCUGGGCCUCCCGCUGCGGACGGUCCGUGACUGACUCGGCCAGGUGACUUGGACUCUGUGACUGUCGGGAGUGUCCGCGUGUGGCCGGUGCGGAUGGACGGACCGGCGGCGGCUCCUCGGCCUGGCGUUGGGCUGUGCGUGCUGUGAGUGCUGCGUGUCGGCCGCGCGAGCCGUGUCUUGCCGUCUCGUUUUAUGAGUACCUGCUGUCCGCGAUGCUGUCCAGCCGUUCCGCAGCCGUCGCGGUGCCGCGGCGCCGCUCUGUGUUCGCGCGCGCGUCGUGUGUGUGAGUGUGUGUGUGUGUUUGUGCGCCCCCGCGCCCGCGCGUUCGUGCGUGCCUGCGUGCCUGCGUUUGGCGGCGGCUGCUCACCCCCGGCUGGGUCAUGCCCAUGGCCGGGGGUCGCGAUGGUGUGGUGCGCCUGCCCUGUUCGCCGCUGCGUGGUUUUAUUUCGGUGAUCUUGCUGUGCGGGUUUGGUUACCGUUGUUUUGUCGGGCGCGGCAGCCUCCCUUCUGGAGGCUCGCGGCGCGCUCUCUCCGCCAGCGGUAUCCGCUGGCCAUCUUGCUCGUGUUUCAACUCCCAUGCAGUGUGCGUCACUCUGUUCAACGCCGCCUUCCGCCGGCGCGUGUUUCCGUCUUACGCGAGAACUCGGCGACGUUUUACGGCCGUGCUGUGGGGACACGCCGGACCGGCAACCGGCGCCGCGCGCUCGACGCACCUGUGACCGGAAGCGGGGUGUUUUCGUUUUUACGCGCAUAUGUACUUCGUACAUAUAUUUGUUGUCCGCGCUCAGCGUCGACAAAUAUACGAGCGAUCAUUCCA